AUGAAGCCGUCAUCGAUUGUUUCAACUUUACUUUGCGGCGCGCUCUACCAUUCCCAUUGUUUUCUCGCAGCCAAGGUCGUUCGGUUCAAUGUGACCAGAGCCUUGCCCAAUAAUGGGGAAGCUAUCGCAAGUUUGGCGCGACGCAAUUAUGUUGCGGAAUCAUUGAUCAAUAAUCUCACUUCUGCAGGGUACCUUGCUUCUGUACAAGUCGGAACACCAUCACAGACACUCCGACUACAGAUAUCAACCGGAAGCAGUGAUAUUUGGGUAAUUGAUAAUUCGAGCAAUAUAUGCGCUCAAGGUUGUGUGACUCCGUUUUACUCGAAGAAAUCAACCAGCCUAUCCAUGAUUUCUGCUGGGGGUUUCAAUAUUUCUUAUGUCGACACUACAGGAGCAAUGGGGGACUACAUUCGGGACGAGUUCCUGUUCGGUCAAGUUGGUCAUAGCAUGCAACUGCAGAUGGGAUUAGUAAACGAUACAACACGCGGAGCAGGGGUUAUGGGGAUCGGCUACGACACCCACGAAGCUACGAGUAUCCAAUACAAUAAUUUCAUGGAUGAGAUGGUCAGCGAUGGUAUCACGAAUACCAAACUCUACAGCCUCUGGUUGAACGACUUGGGGAGCAGUUCCGGAAGCAUUCUUUUCGGGGGCAUCGACACGGAAAAGUAUUAUGGUACUCUGUCUUCGAUACCGAUCAUCCCGGACGGCAAUAAUAAGUACACUAAAUUCAAUGUGGGUCUUACCUCGAUUUCAUACACGCCCGGAACUACGGCCAUACCUCUCACAACUCCCAAUUUCACGACCUCGGUUCUUCUUGAGUCUUCAACGGCUUUGAUGUAUUUGCCAGAGGAGAAUAUCAAUGUUAUUUACAGCGCAUUCGGCGUCGAAUUUGGUUUUGAUGGAUAUCCCUAUGCCGAUUGCAAGUACAGCAACUCGUCAUAUAUGUCUUUUGGAUUUGAGAGCGGGACCGUUAUUAACGUUCCUUAUUCGGAAUUCGUCACCAAGCUCUAUGCUCCAAGCCUAAAUCCGGGGGGGCUGCCGUUUUCCAAUUUCUGCUCUUUCGGCAUCGAGUCCGCAGGAUCGGAGGCUAAUGUGCUCGGCGACUUCUUUCUUCGGAGUGCAUACGUCGUCUACGAUCUCACGAACAACCAUAUCUGGAUGGCGCCGGCUGUGCUGAACACCACUAAAAGCAAUAUUGUCGAAAUACAAGCUGGUGCACUUAGCCUGCCCCAAACUACUGGCGAAGCACGACCAAGUCCCACAGCUUCAACAUCGCCUUCCGGAACGUCGCCGAUUGGGACGUCCACAAACAGCUCUCCGGUACAGACCGGAACUCCCAAAAAGAAAAAUCACGCCGUUGCGAUUGGCGUCGGUGUCGCCGUCCCCUUAGGCGUGGCCCUCGCAGCACUCAUCGGGUUUUGCUUCUGGUGGCGAAGACGCAAGACAUCUCAAUCGACAUCAGAGAAACUGCCAACAUCCCAACACCGACCAGCACAGCUUCCUGAACUCGGUGAUUUAACAUACAUCCACGCCGAUCCUGUGUACAUAGACAAUGGUCAAGGCAGGAUGUCUCGGAUCAGUAGCACCCCAUCGGAACUGUCGGCGGGACAGACGCCUAUUUCCUCGCCAAGAUCACCGGUUGAGAGAAAACAGGUGCCCGUGAGGGAUAAGCUGCCAACUACUUGGGAACAUAGCUAAUUUUCCUGCUGUGAAUGAAUGAAUAGCAUGGGUGGUUUACGAGGUUAAAAUAAAACUAAUAUCCUAAUGCCAACCAACCGUAAAGAAAACGAGUGCACAUGGCAAUAUUGCGACGAAUUGCGGAUCCUUCAGUCAUUCGAUACUGU